UGUUCUGAACGACACAAUCGCAAUUAAAAAAAAGAAGAAGAAAAAAAGAAGAAAGAAAGAAAAAACAAGUACAUAAGAUGCGUGCAUCUGUGUAUAUGUAUGUAUAACUGCGCGGCAUAGAAACCGCCGCCAAACGCAAAAAUUCAUUAAUACGUACAUACAUGUGUAUGUAUAUAUGUGUUGGCAAAACACACAUACAAGCAGACAACGACGAGAAGAACAAGCACAAACAACAACAACAUCUCACUUGAAGGCGCCCCCAAAAAUAAUAUUGAACGUAAAUUUUAAUUAAAGCCAGAAACAACAGCAACAGCGGAACAGAACAGAAAGGGGAAAACAAAAACAAAAAUCAAUAGGCGAUAAAAGAAAAAAAAAAACAGUGUUGUUAUCAGCGUGUUUUCGUCAUUUCGCUUAGAAAUUGAAAUUGUUGGUAUCUCGUUGGUAUUUCAACACAUUGUUGUUGCUGCCGCGAGCCAAAGUACGCGGCAGCGGCAACAACAACGACAUCGCGGUCAUUGUUGUUGUUUGCUUAGACGCUGACAACGACGCCGACUCGGACGCCGAAUCCGACGUUGACAAUGUCUGUGCAGCAGUUCUGUCUGCGCUGGAACAAUCACCAGCCAAAUUUUAUAUCCGUCUGCUCCUCGCUGUUGCACAAUGGGACGUUGGUGGACGUCACGCUUGCCGCGGAGGGCCGUCAACUGCAGGCCCACAAAAUCGUGCUCUCCGCGUGCAGCUCCUACUUUCAGGCGCUGUUUACAACAAAUCCAUGCCAGCAUCCGAUUGUCAUACUGAAGGACGUGCAGUACGAUGAUCUCAAAACGAUGGUGGAUUUUAUGUAUUACGGCGAGGUGAAUGUAUCUCAGGAGCAGCUGCCGCACAUACUUAAAACGGCCGAGAUGCUCAAGAUCAAGGGCCUUGCCGAAAUGCCCACGGAUCCGGCCAAUCUCACCAAGUCCGACAGCAAGUCAUCCAGCGAGGCAACCGAGUUACUCGGACAAGCUGGCGCCAAUGUGGCAGGCACUAGCACCAGCGCUGCUGCAUCCAGUCUGGGAGCAGCCAGUGCCAGUAGCAGUGCCGGCGAUUCGCUUUGGAGCAGCAGCGAAGCCCAGCAAUUCCAGCAGCAUCAUCAGCAACAGCUCCAGCAACAACUGCAGCAACAGCAGGCGCAACAACAACAGCAGCAGCAGCAACAACAGCAGCAGCAGCAGGCGCAACAACAACAGCAGCAGCAGCAACAACAACAGCAGCAACAACAUCAUCAUCACCACCAUCAUCACCAGGGACAGCAGCAACAACAGCAAGGCAGCCAGGCUCAGAGCUCGCAGACGCAUCACCAUCAACUGAGACGCACUCCAUCGCCCCUAAGUGCUGGCACCUCGCCGGCCACGCGUCGCAAGCGUUUGCGUAAAUCCUCGAAUAACGGCUCUGGGGAACGCAAUAACUCUGAGGAUCAGCAUAGCAGCUCUCUGGAUGCAGCUGGCGCUGCGGGCAGUGCAGCCGGUCUUAGCUUGGCCCAGAUGAGCCAAAUGUCGUUUGGGACAGGAGCGGGUGGCAACUCGGCCGCAGCGUUGGGUAGCCUCUCUGCACAUUCGAUGCAUGCCACUAAGCUGAUAAAGGAGGCAACGAGCACGGAUUUGGAGCAGCAGCCACAGGAUUCGGAUUUGGAUGAUGCACACGGACACAUACAUAUGCAAAUUAAGCCCGAGGUGGAUAUUGGGAGUGUGAAUCAAUCGAUGCCUCUGGAUAUUUCUGGCACCACAACACCAUCGGAACACGACGCCCCCAAUUCACAAUCAUCUCAUUCUGGUCUGCAAUGGACAGUUGUUGAUUCAAACUAUUCGCGCUUCUCGAUGCCCGCCUGCCAGUCCAACUUGAUUGGGAACGGUGGCAACGGUGGCAAUCAGAACAGCGCCGCGAAUAACAGUGCCGGCGUCGGCGCCGCCGGCACCAACGAUCAGCGACAACAGCAGCAGCAGCAACAGCAGCACGAUGCCCAGCAGCAGGCAACGCAGCAGCAGCACUUGCAACAGCUGCACUAUCAGCAACAGCAGCAGCAGCAACAACAACAGGGCGCCACUGCCGGCCAAGCGUAUUCCUCACAAAUUAUAACCGUCAAUAAUCUUGUCAGUGGCUAUGCAACGGCAGCCCAGAACUUGUCACCGACGUCACCCAACGAGUCGAACAUGGUGCAGUCCGUUUACAGUCAGGGCCCAACGCCCACACAGUCGCCAGUGCACUCGGGUGUGGGUGGAGGUGCAGGUGCAGGCGGUGGUGGCAGCAGUGCGGCAGGAAGUGCGGGUAGUGCUGGUGGCGCUGGCGGUGGCAAUAGCAACAGUGGCGGCGGUGGCGGUGGUAGUCAAGUGCCUAAACGGAAGCGUUCAGUUAAUCCGCAAGGUGAUGAGAAUUUCAUACGGGCCUUGGAGGCAGUUCGUACCGGUGGCAUUGGAUUCUGCAAGGCUGCUCGCCUGUAUGGAGUCAACAAUCGUACACUUUGGCUGGAGUAUAAGAAGCGCGGCUAUCCAGUGUCGCGGCCCAGCAUUAAAGCGCGUGUGGUCAAGCAGGAACCAAAUCUUUCACCGUCACCAACACCAUCCACAAAUCCCGGCGAUGAUACGACCAACGAAACAUAUGAUCAUCUAACCGCUGCCGUUGCCGCGGCCCAAACCGCCGCCCUCAACAUGCAGAUACCUCCGCAGACGGAGACACCGACGCCAUCGCUGAUGUGUGCACCUCAUCACUCGGGGCCAACAGCGACCAAUUCGGCCGGUGGCACGAACACGCAUCCAAUCGGUGUAAUGAGUCUGUUUGACACACGGUACAUGGAUUCACCGACAAUGUCACGGCAGCGGUAUAUCGAUGCGACGGGCGCUGGAACAGCAGCCGCUGCGUCGGGAACGGGAACGAUCAAUGUGAAUCCGGCCGCUGCAAUGAAUCUACAGAGUAUUAACUUCAACUCAAUAUAGAAUACGAUUUCAAGUCACAUGGGCGUUGUUGCCGCCGCCGCCGCGGCAGGUGUAAUGCCUCUACACCAGGUGGAUCAUCUAAGCAGCGGAGGCGGAGGCAGCGUUGAUCCUGCACAAGGGCCAGGGCCAGCCACAUUGUUGCAGGCAGCCGCUGUGAUGGCCGCAAGCGAGCCAGAACAAAUGAGCAUAUCAGCCGUGCCCGUUUCAGUCUCAGCAAUGGGCACGGCGCACAGCGCAGCGGCUACCGCCUUUCUAUUUAAUAAUUUUGUAACUGUGACGGCGCCAGCGCCACCGCCAUUGGUUGGCAGUACGCUCCCGCCGCUGGUUAACACUGGCCUGCAAUAUUUGGACAAAUCCUAAGAACCAGGCGCAGCCCAUCUCUCGAUACAGGUAUUAGAGCAACGGCAGCUAUUAGUAAACUACGGAUAAAGAAGAGCAUUACCACCGGAAACGGGUCGGAACAGGGAGUGUGACUAUCGUAUAAAGAAUGGAUGCCAGCAGAUAACGGAUAUUGCAAAACCAAAACCACCCACUGGCAUAUAAAUAUAGUAUCCCUCAAGUCAAGCGGAUGUGCCGGCAACACAUGUAAUAAAUAAUUCAUAGAACUUAAUUCCUUAAGCUACAUGUUUCAAAGCGAACAUUAUUUUUACCAUUGUUAAAUAAGGAAUCGGUCGUACAUGUAUAUGUAACCACAAUUUGUAUUUGUACAUAAAUUUAUACAAUUUUAUUAGUGUUAAUCCCAAAAAAAAAAAAAUCUAAACUAAACUAAAAGCAAAUGAUUUAUGAUUGUAUCAUCUUUAGCUAGAAUGUACAUACAAUAAUUAAAUAUUAAAUACAUAAAAACGGACUAAUUAUUUUCAAAUAUCCUAUGUACAUGUACUUGUCAUUUAUAUCCCGGCACUCGUGUUACAAAAGCAAACUUCAUUACGUUUACAUUCUUAUGCAGAUAAUUGUAAAAAUAUAUCUAUAUUUCAUUUUGUGUACAGUUAGGGGCCACCAAUUUAGUUGAAAUUAAUGUUUUGAUCUAGUUCUGGGGGGGAUACAGAUCACUCUUAAGACGGAGAGUGUUAUAAUCCGUAUAAAAUAAACCGAGCAAAUAAUAACCAUCAAAAGUUGAAAUAAGCAAACUCAAUAAUGUAUGAUAUCUAUGUGUAUGUACCAAUUAUAAUUAUAUAUAUGUAUGUAUUUGUACAGUAAAUGUAUGCAUUCAGUUUAUUAUAUUUUCGAUUCUGGAAUGAAUUUUGUUUUUGAAAUGAACCUACGCCAAGAAAUGUUUGCAUUUCGAUCAACCUGGAGACAGCAACAUUUGGCUACAAUAUUCAAUUGUUAAUUAGUUAGUUUAUUUCUUCAUGCAAUUCAAAACACAUGCUAGACAUAUCUUGGAGGGAUGCUUAAAUAGACGCCGUACUUAGAAUAAAAUACAGGGGUCUAUUAAGUUGGUUUUUUUGUAUAAUUUUUGUAAUUCAUUCUUUGUACAUAUUUGAUGUAUGCAUUUCAACAUUCGAUAUUUGAAAAUUUAAAUGAAAUAGGACUAAAUGGGAAAGCCAUAAACGCAAUAUACAAAACUAAGAAGAUAACUCGUAACCACCCAAAAUCCUAAAUGGAGACUGCAGAAAGUAAAUGGAAAACGAAAUGAAUAGGAAUAGUGUGUUUUUAAUAUACAUAAAAGAAAAAACAUAUAUACAUUCAGAUAAUAAUAUGCCUAUAUUUAUUAUUAUGUGUGCAACAAUUAGAGAACUUUUUAUAUAUAUUGUCAAAGGGCAUACUAAAAAAAUAAAAUGAAAAAAAAACUAAAGGUGAUUUGUUAGAAGUCAUUGUAAUUGUAAAACGUAAACCUUUGGUAUUGCAUUUUAAAUUCCUACAUCUAGAUGCAAACAACAUAAACAAAUUACAAACUCGUAAAAAAACAACGCGAAAAAAAAUAGCAUAAACAAUAAGUAUGACUAACUCUGUUUCCUACGAUUACAAAGUACCAAUAACUAUGGUAGUUGUGUGUGUGCGUCUGUGUGUAUGUGAGUGUGUAUGUGUUUAGUUUUAUAUUUAAUUAUUUAAAAUUAAUAUUAACGUACUAUUAGUCAGCGAUAGUAAAUGAAACGACUGUAUAAUAAGUUACGCAAAUAUUGUAUGAUAUAAUAAUAAUGUAACUAACGAACGAAACUUUUAGAUUUUAGGCUUCGAUGUGCAAGAAACGAAUAAAAUAAAAAAUAA